UUAGUCUCCCAUGAAGAGUAUGGAGGUCUUUCACAUUAUACGGUUACGGCACGGACACGAUUUUUGAUCGCGUUGCAGCCGUCCAGUGCCACUACAGAUGAACGGUAGCCGUAUCGUAUCUUCGCUUAGUGGACUACGUGGCCAAAUGCACCCUUUCAUACUAGACGGUUUCAAUCGUGCGGGAACCUGUCUACUACUACCAUUUUAUUCGCGUUGUUUGCUGUUGUGUUUUCUUGUGCGGGUUUUCUGUGAUUAUGGAUGUAAUGGACGCUGAAGUUUUAAUUUCUCUUAUUGAAGCAAAGCCUGUGUUAUGGGACAAAACUUUAGAUAUAUAUAAAGAUCGAAUCUUAACAAAAAAUGCCUGGAAGGAAGUAUGUUUGGCAGUGAAACCAGAUUUUGAGAGCAUUAGUGAUGCAGAGAAAAAUACAUUUGGUAAGGAAGUAAUCCGAAGAUGGACCAACCUCCGAGAUUGUUAUGCAAAAUCGAAGAGAGACGCCAAAACCGUAAAAAAAAGUGGAUCAGAUGCAAAAAUCCGCAAAAAGUAUGUGUAUUCAGAUCAACUGCAGUUUUUAAAUAAGAUAUACGAUGAUCAUAAUACAGUUGACAGCAUGAUGUCUGAAAUUGAAGAAGGGUCGGAGAAUACGCUUGUAGAUGAUGACGAGCCUUCACGUACCGCUGAAGAUGCCCUUCUUCCCAGUACUUCUACUAUAAACGUGCCUUCAAAUCAGAUGAGGACCAGAAAACAUAGGAAAGUAGAUGAAGUUGAAUUAAAACUCCUCAAAGCUUUGGAACCAGUAACACCUUGCAGUAAAAUGUCUUUUCUGCAAAGUUUAAUGCCACACUUGAAGCAUUAUACAGAUGGAGAAUUUCUUCAUUUUCAAAUGGGAGUGCUAAACGUUAUAGAAAAUAUAAAUAAAAGCAAGGAAGCGACACCUCAACCCCAAACGAACUACUCAUUUCACGUGCCCUCUUAUUACUCAGCCUUUCCGCAUCUAUCUCAACCUCCUCCGGAACAUCAAUCAUUUGUACCUGCUAAACAACCUUCAUAUCCCCCUCAACAAUAUCCACCUCAUAUUUCAAAUGUUUCUGAGCAUCGUCACACUUCACCUCCUCAUCAUUCAAAUCGACUUAAAAAUUCAGCAACGCCAGUGUACAAUGCAAUACCACGCACUAAUCGUACACAAUCAACAACAGAAUCACAGACAACAUUGCAACCCCUUUCGAGUUUUUGCUACAGUGACUGUUCAACUGAAUAUCUGGCGAGUCCAACUACACCUUCAGGCGAAUCCACCUGUUCAGAUCAAAUCGAUUUUGUUUAAUUAUCUCCUUUAUGUAUAACAAGUUAGGUCUAUAUUUUUAAUUUUGUCAAAAAUCGUAAAUUUAAAUAAAAAUUGAUAUUAAAUCAA